CUUCAGAUUUCCUGGGAGCUGAAGCACACUUAUAGAAGAGCUGGUUUCAGACAGAUGAGUAGACCAGACCUUACGGACAUCGGCUUCUGCCUCAUCUUGACUUCUGGACAAGUCUCGUCUACAUACUAGUCUUCACAUGGAGCUUUACCCAUGUUCUAACAGGACUGCCAUCCAAGGGGAUUAUUCGGUGAUCCCAAGCUCCUUGCUGUUUUCUGCCGGUCUACUAGGAAAUAUCAUCGCCAUUUUCAUCCUAUGGCAACACAAGUUAAGCGCAAGGAGAAAAACCUCCGUCUUUUAUAUCUUGGUUACUGGUCUGACUGUAACUAACCUGUUGGGAAAAUGUUUGGUGAGCCCCAUGGUGUCUGCUGCUUACUCCAAAAACCAAACCCUGGUGGAGAUGGCAAAAGACCGGAAGAUGUGUGAUGUCUUCAGCUUCUUCAUGAUUUUCUUUGGCUUGGCCCCAAUGCUUAUUCUUCUGGCCAUGGCUCUGGACUGUUGGAGCUUGGCAAAUCCAUUCUUUUAUCAUACGCACAUCACCAAAAAAUUUGCCAUGCUGGUCCCGGUGGUGGUAUACGCUUUCAGCGCUGGAUUCUGUUCAAUGCCGUUCUUCGGCAUUGGGAAGUUUGAACAGUAUUGUCCAGGGACCUGGUGCUUUAUACAAAUGACCGUGGAGGACUCGCAGCCUAAAGUUUUGGCUUAUUCUUUACUUUAUGGAACAGUUAUGGGACUACUAGUUGUAGCCAUCAUCAUCUGCAACGUGGCUACCAUGAGACUCCUUUACCAGAUGUACCAGAACCAGAGUUCCCUCAAAGUUGGACCCAAGGUAGAAUUUGUUAAGCAGCAGUCCGGCAUGGAGGCGCUCGAUCAUCUAAUCCUCUUGGUAGUCAUGACAGUUGUUUUUUCGAUUUGCUCUCUUCCUUUAACUUUCAGAGUCUACAUUGGAGCCUUCAUGAAAGAGAAUAACGAAUACGCCGACCUUAUAGUCUUGAGGUUUCUCUCUAUGAACUCCAUAGUGGACCCUUGGAUUUUUAUCAUCUGUAGGACAUCAAGGUUUCACCACCAUUUGCAUAGACUCUGCAGCAGGAUUCACUCUAUAAGCAAUCCCCCGAGCCAGCUGCUGGAUGAGAGCUUUAAGAGUGAAUUGUAAGCUGAAGACCUGGUUGGGAUUUCUAGGAAGUAGCCAAGAUUUUGGAAAGUUGACUAUGGAAAUAUGGGCCGACGCUCUUUCAUGCAGAAGAUGCACUCAAUGUAUUUACAAUGUAUAACUCUACUGAGAGGCGACGAGGGCCGCAGAGAUAUUCCAAGCAGGGUGCAUGCAUUCUUGACACAUGAGAAACAAUGUGGAUGUUUGUCCUGGAAACUCCGUCUGGUGACGUCAUGGAACUCUAUGCUCGAUACUAUGAUAUCAGGAAAGAUAAGAGGGAAGGAGGUGAACUGUGAAUGAGGGACAACAGAGGACCUCUUAUUUUUCAUAAACUAUGGCCCUGGUGGCCAUUGGUUUAGUAAUCUAGUCCCUGGAAUCCAGUGGGACCAUCCCUGUUAACUACUACUUUAGACUGUUCAUAUGAUCUUGAGACAAGAUGAUGGCAGCUGCCCUUUUUUUUUUUUUUUUUUUAUCACAAAUGGCCGUGUACAGGCAGGGAUGUUCUUCCUAACCUUUAAUGGAGAUAUCCCGAGAUGUGCAGCAUGAGAUUAUUUGCAUUAAUCUGUUUGACAUUGUAAACCAUGCAAUUUUUUUUUAAAUCUGCUCAUCUCACUUCACACAUCUCAGGAUAUCUCAAACCAAGAGGAAAGGUAAGGAAGGACCCUAUACAUAAAUUGUUGGACAGAGUGGGUUAUAAAAUAAAAGAAACAAUACUGGCCUUACCGAUCCCCACUAGUCUCUAUUUCCUGAUCCCUUCAGCACACAGGAAAUGUCUGUUCAGCCAAUCACUGACGGAGGCGGGUCACCACUGGUGCCAGUGAUUGGCUGAGUGGGCAUUUCCUUGUGUAGAGGUGGGACCAAAAAGUACAGACCAGAGGAGACCUGGCAGGGGGCCUCAAGCCGUUGGCUGAAAAAAAUGACUAGAGGGGCGGACAUACCGCCUAUGCAGCAGGUUCAGCUACACAGGGGCCCAGGUGGGAGUGGGACCCUUCCCAGCUGUAGAGCAGUAGUAAAAAUGUCCAGACUGCACUGCCAAGAUAAGUGUGGGGCUUAUUGGGCUGACGGGGGCAGAGCUUCGUGACCGAUGAGGCAGGUUUUGCUCUCUGAUGGAGUGGUGCUUCUCAGUGCUCUAGGGUCCCCCAAAUAUAACUUUGCUUGGGGCCCCAGAAAUACCAAAUCUGCCACUGUCAAUAUCAUCCUGUCAAUAGGACAAGUCAUGUUAGCUACUUGGGGGGCACCUGAUGGACCUGAGCCUAAAGAUGCCCUAGCUAAAAAACAAACAAACAAAAAAAAAAUCCAGUCCUAGGAUCACAUAUUCCUGCCAGGCGAUGUACUGAAGCAGGGGACUCAUUAGAUUUAAUACUUGCAGCUGCUAGUCCUCCAACCUCAGGGAUACCCAGGGAACCCAUAAUUAUUCCUAUGAAAAUUUCAAUAAAAUUUGUAUUUUUGUUCAUUUACAUCUCUGCUUGUUCUGCUUAGGAGUCCAGUGGGCUGCACUCUCCUUGACUUCCCUAUAUAACUGUGCAUACAUAGAUAACUACCAGUCAAUGUUAGGACCGCCCACUGGACUCCUAAGUAAAGAAAAAGCAGGAAUGUAAAGGAACAAAAAUAGAAGUAAUACUAAAUCUUUUCCCUCCUGCGAUAUAGCAUGAACGCUGCAGAUAAGACACCAUGUGCGAUAUGGCAGGACCCUUUAAGACAAACAAUGGAAGUGAAUGAAUGAGGUUUGACUUGUGUUUGCGGUUAAUUUACGCCAGUGCUGUAGUUAGUAAGGGUCUGUUUACAUAGCCAUAGCCAAUGUCUCUAUUGCUUUCCAUACAGACUUGUUUUGCCAAAAAUAGGAAAAGAUCCCAUGGGGAGUGUAGAAGAAAAUAGUUCCAGCACUUGAAAUAACUCAGUUGCACUUUAUUUCUUCUUGUAGCAUAUGCCCAUGGGAGUGGUUUGUUUUCUUCUCUCUGCCAAGAUGCCAUCUUCGAAUAGAAGACAAGCUUCAGAGCCAUGUAAACAGGCCCUUAGAAAGCCUAGACCUUGUGAGGUAAUACAGGGAACCUAUAUUAUGUCACUAUAUGACAGGUAACAUGCAUGCACACGGCUACAUACUGUAUGACUAUGCCGCCCAACUACAUUGCAUGUGUGUCCAUGCACAAUAUAGAAACCAUAUAAAUCUCUA